GCUCGUGAAAAAGAUAUUGGAUAUAUUGAAGGUUGUGGAGUGUGAAAUAUGCGGAAAUUAUACAGUUUGCGGUACAUGUCCUGAGCUAAUGUUACUUUGUCUGCUUGGUUGUUAUUCAUAACAAUGGUAGUUUCAAGUUCAAAAAAGAACCUCGAGGGUUGUAAAUUACCUGUAAAAUUACCAGACUCCGACUUUUUCCACACCGCUGAGAUUUUGGGUACUCGUGAUGUUGGUGAUUGUACAUACUAUUAUGUUCACUACGAUGACUAUAAUAAAAGGUUGGAUGAAUGGGUUAGUGCAGACCGACUGGACUUUUCUAAAAUAGAAAGACCAUUAAAGAGAUCUACUAAGGAACCUGUUACUCCUGCUUUCAGCGUUUCCUCCACGGAGGACGAAGUUAUUAGUUCAACAGAGCUCCGAAAUUCAGAAUCAGAUUUGAACCCUCCUCUCAAAAAUCGCUGCUCCAGCUCCUCUAGUUUGACCCAACUAAAAAGAAAACGACCCCCUGAUGAUGUCUAUGAAGGACCUAUACACUUGACACUUCAGAAUGAUUUGAAUGAUCUUGUGUUUGAUGACUCUCCAACUUCAACUGGUAAACCUAGACAAACGGGCAGUAUGGUUUCUAGCCACCAUGAACAAGAUACUGUUACAAGAAUGCGAAAUUUAGAAUGGAUUGAAUUAGGAAGAUAUCGAAUUAAACCAUGGUACUUUUCUCCAUAUCCACAAGAAUUAGCAAGUGUUCCAUGUGUAUAUAUAUGCGAAUUCUGUUUGAAGUAUUUGAAGAGUUUCACUUGUCUCCGCAGACAUCUGGCUAAAUGCACAUUGCGUAAUCCUCCUGGGAAUGAGGUUUACCGUAAAUUACCCCAUAGCUUUUUCGAAAUUGAUGGACGUAAAAAUAAAACUUACGCACAACACCUUUGUUUGCUUGCAAAACUGUUCUUGGAUCAUAAAACUUUAUAUUACGACACAGAUCCAUUUUUAUUUUAUGUUCUUUGUGAAAUAGACUCUCGUGGUUAUCAUCUAGUUGGAUAUUUCUCAAAAGAAAAAGAAUCUUCGGAAGAUUACAAUGUUGCAUGUAUCUUAGUACUUCCACCUUUUCAACGAAAAGGUUAUGGAAAAUAUUUAAUUGAAUUUAGUUAUGAAUUAAGCAAAAUUGAAGGUAAAUCUGGUUCACCUGAAAAACCAUUAAGUGAUUUGGGCUUAUUAUCUUAUCGUUCUUAUUGGGCUCAAACAAUUUUGGAAUUAUUAUUAAAUUGUAAAUCAACUGAAACUGGUCAAGAUCCAGCUUUAAGUAUCAAUGAUAUUGUCGAUCGAACAUGUAUUAAACGUGAUGAUGUCAUUGCUACAUUAUCACAUUUAAAUGUAUUAUAUUAUGUAAAAGGACAACAUGUCAUCUACUUAUCACGUGAUCUCAUUCAAGCUCAUCAAAAGUCCAUGCAACGUCGUAAUCUACGUGUCGACGCAAAAUUGUUAAAUUGGAAAUCAAGAGAUUGGAGUAAACGUGGUCGAUGGUAAAGUGUUGACUGAAUUGUUUUUUUCUGCCGGUAUGCAGAUAGAUGAUUCGGUAUGUGGGGAUUUUGACAGAGAAACACAUGCGCUCUCUCUACAUAUAGAUCGUUGUGUAUGUACGAAUGCAACAUGUGACGGCCUCCUUGUUUUGGCUCUUUUAAUGUGUACUGUUUCAUUGUGUGUGUGUGUUAGUUAGUUUUUCAAUGGUUAUUUUGAAUAUAUAUGUGAAUUUCGAUGUGAAAAAUUCUCAAUACAAUGUGUUCUUUGUUUUUGUGUGUUUUGUAAAAUGCAAUAAUACCUAUUCAAAAUGUGAAAGAUGCAUGUUUUUUCAAAAUGUGCAUUGUUAUGUAUGUCUAGUUAUUAUUAUGAUUAUCAUUUAUCAAGCUAAAUGUCGAUGUUGAAACGGGGGAUUGUAUGUGAUUCAGGCGAAAUAAAUAUCAUAAUAUUCAGUAAA